AUGUCGCUCAAGCAAGAACCUGAAGAAGAAGUCCCUCUCGACGAGUGCCAAUUUUUCGACGAACCGCCCGAAGAGAUUGAAUACGAGUUUGUACCUCGUACCCAUGAUGAUGAAGAGGAAGAACAACGACCUGCGAAACGUUCAAAAACGGGAGGAAGCGCAACCCGAAGAGUCUACCAUAACGAAGUUGAGCGUCAACGACGGAACAAAAUCAAUACUUGGAUCACGGAGCUCGGAAAACUCGUAAUGGAUGACGAUGAUGACGACACGAAACAACCUGCGCUCUCGAAGAUUCAAAUUUUGGAGAAAGCUUGUCAGCAAUUGGAGAUGAUUAAGAAGCGAAAUCGUGAAGUACGAUUCGAUCUGAAACGAGCCGAAUGUGAGUUGCGAAUGCUGAGAUCAGAGAAUGAAAAGUUGAAGAAAGAAUUAAAUAAGACAGCUAAAUGA